CCUUUGUAUCUAGAAGCCAGGAUGUUUACCACUGAUCCAAGCCAUGUUGCUUUAAAGCUGUCGAGGUCGUGUAUGACAUAUAUAGGGUCACUUGUCAUUGAAGUAACUACAUGCCUGCCUUGGAUGUUCUUCUUCUGCUUGCCUGAUCGAACCUUCUCUUCCACUUCCUUACCUUUUUCCAAUCUCCCUCCUUUUAAUUUAGCAUCAGCCACAUCUUUAGUCUUAUUCUGAUCAACGCCAACAUCAUGUCUUCGUCUUCCCAAAACAUAGAUUUUUCAUCUUUAGUUGAUUAUGCUUGUAGCUUAGAAUUCCCAAUGGAAGAGAUAGCAUCAGCCACCGACAACUUUGCUGAUGAAAAUCUCAUCUCACAAGAUACUUAUGCAAAGGCCUACAAAGGACAACUCUUGCAUUUUGGAGAGCUGAUCAAUGUUGUAGUACAAGAAUGCCUGCAAGUAAACGGUGCGAUCAACGAGCUGCUAAUGUCCAAAAUACUAAAGCACAAAAAUAUCGUAUCUAUUUUUAAGGUUAAUGACAGUCCAGAUGAAGCAUUUCACGUAACCAUGUAUGAGGCCAAUGAAAGUCUAGACAAACAUCUAAGUGGGUCAACCCUCACAUGGAUUCAAAGAUUGAAGAUAUGUGUUGGCGUUGCACAUGCGUUGCGUUACAUUCAUUACGAUGCUGAUGUCAAUCAUAGUGUCAUACAUGGUAAUAUCAAGAGCUCCAAAAUACUUUUAGAUCACAACUGGGAACCCAAGUUAUGUGGUUUUGGAUUCGCUAUGAGAGCUAAAAGGCAUCAACUUCAUCUUACUAGUAAAUAUAAUGGCACAUUACAUUACAUGGACCCAGCAUAUGAAAAAACCGGAGGUCUGACCACUAAGUCAGAUGUGUUCUCCUUUGGAGUUGUUUUAUUUGAAGUCCUAUUUGGAAGAAAAGCAGCUGAUUUUCAAGGCAAAGAUAACCGGUAUUUUACUCGAUUGGCCAGAGCACAUUAUGAAGACAGAACACUGAAUGAUAUGAUUGAUCAUGAUCUAUUUAAACAAAUGGAUUUGGAUUCAUUAAACAUCUUCUCGGAAACAGCAUAUUGUUGCUUGAAGGAGUUACGAGCACAACGUCCAAGUACGGAUCAGAUUGUCAAAACACUUGAGAGAGCGUUUGAACUUCAACAAAGACAUGAUAAAAUUCAUGAACAUUCCACAUCUGCAAUGGAAGCUACAUCCUACAACCGCUUGAAGGGGAAAAACUUGGAUCAUUUAAAAAUACAGUUGAGUGAUAUAGAGUUUGCAACCAAUAAGUUUUCUGCUAAACACUGCAUUGGGUCAGGCGGAUAUGGUAUGGUAUACAAAGCAAAACUUGACCAUUUUGAUGGAAACAAUUUAUCGGCGGUUGAAGAAAAGAAUAACAGUGAAUUGACUAAGAGAAAUAGCAUUGUAGCUAUUAAACGCAUCUCUAGUAGAGUAGACGGGCAAGGAGAACAAGGGUUCUUUGCAGAAAUUGAAAUGCUUAGUAAUUGUAGGCAUCGGAAUAUUGUCUCUCUUCUUGGAUUUUGCGUUGAGGGUCCUGAAAUGAUACUUGUAUACGAGUAUGUUUCUAAUGGAAGCCUUGAUGACUAUUUUGGGAACCAUGAUAAGAUGACUAAUCUUACUUGGGCUGAACGUUUGCAAAUAUGCCUUGAUAUUGCGCAUGGACUUCAUUACCUCCACUCUAGUACAAAGGACAAGGAAAUGAUAGUACACCGUGAUAUUAAGAGCGCUAACAUUCUAUUGGACGAUAACUGGGUGGCAAAGAUUGGUGAUUUUGGGCUCUCCAAGUUACACCAUGCAAAUCAACAAGGUAGCACCCUCAUUACCUCUAAUAUUGCCGGUACAGAAGUGUAUUUGGACCCGGAAUAUAUGAGUACAGGUAAGCUGAAAAAGGAAUCAGAUAUAUACUCUUUUGGAGUAGUGUUAUUUGAAAUCAUGUGUGGGAGGUUGGCAUAUGACAGUAUUUACAACGUCAACAAUGAGAAAGGGCUUCCAUCAAUAGCAAGAAGAUGCUUCCAUGAGGGAACAUUAGAGGAAAUUAUAGAUCCUAAAUUGAGGGAAGCUGAUGAGAACACCUUUAGGCUCAAUGGAGGGCUCAAUCAAGAUUCUUUGGACACAUUUUCGAACAUUGCGUAUCAAUGUUUGGCGGAAACUCAAGCAAAGCGUCCAACAAUUGAAAUCAUCCUCAAAGAACUAGAGAAAGCUUUUUAUUUUCAAAAAAAUAGCAAGGACAACCUCCAAGUUUCACUUGAAGACAUAAUGUUAUCGACACAAAACUUCAGUGCUACCAGGUGCAUUGAAGAAGGAAGAUAUUGGAAGCAAUAUGAAGGGAAACUUCCAAAUGCUAAUGGAUGUACCGCUAUUGUUGCAAAGCGUUUUGAUAGCAAGUCUGAUAAAGGAAAUCAUCAAUUUGUUGUAGAGCUCAAAGUUCUUUUUGAACAUACUAACGAGAAUGUUGUUAGUCUCGUAGGCUAUUGUAAUGAAAUGGGUGAAAAAAUCAUUCUUUACGAGCAUGCAUCUAAUGGAAGACUUGAUGAGCAUUUAGGCAAUACUAAUCUUACAUGGAUGAAACGCCUCAAGAUAUGCGUUGAUAUUGCAAGAGGAUUGGAAUCUCUUCAUGGAGGUGGUUUAACAAAAGGGACUCAGAUGAUACAUAGAGACAUCAAAAGUUCUAACAUUAUGCUAGAUGGCGAUUGGCAUGCUAAAAUUUCUAAUUUGGAGUUGUGUUCAAAAUUGUGGGAGCGAGAGGAAAUCGAUCAUGUCAAUGAUAAUGCUUAUAGAUCAUUGUGCUACGUUGACCCAAAUUACAAAAAAAAUGGUUACUUGGAAGAGGCGUCAGAUAUAUAUUCAUUAGGGGUGGUUUUGAUUGAGAUGCUGUGUGGAGUUUUAGCUUGGACUGAGGGUGGUGAGGGUUAUGAGUCUUUAGGCCUUUUGGCUACAAAGUGCUAUAAAGAAAAUAACCUCGAUGAGAUGGUGUUUGAGGGCAUAAAGAAACAAAUUGAUAGUCAAUCACUCUCUAUAUUCCAAGAAAUUGCCUAUAGAUGCUUACACUACUAUCACAAGACAAAAGUGAGUGAGGUGGCAAAACGACUACAGCAGGCACUUGAAUUCCAAGAGGAUUGUGAGAUAUGGGAGCCAAAAUUGCCAGAAGACUACAAAGAAAUAACCCAGAUGUCAAAAACUCCAGAGAUCUACUUUACUUGGAGGAAAAAGGAUAUCUACGACGUUCUCACCAAAGGAAUCCUCCUUCAAGAAGGCAAACUGUGGUUUUUACUCAGGAGUGAUGGAGAAAGAAGUGAAAUGAUAUCUGCAAAGCAAUUCGUUUACAAAAACAAACGGGCACAUACAUGGCGAUCUAUUCCGCAGUCAAGGUUUCAGAAAGUAGCAGAGAUGUUGAUUAUUUCAAAUUUGAAUAUCAAAAUCAAGGUAAGGUCUCAGUUUCUAAAUCCGGGUGUCAACUAUGGAGUUCAUUUAGUCUUCAAAAUUUGUGGUCCGAGGAAAUUUUCGAGUAAAUUUAUGUAUGUGAACCUCACAUACAAAAUGGGGAGUGAAACCUUCCAUGCAUAUUUUGCAACAUGGAGAGAUGAAGAGUGGAUGACAAUUGAAUUGUACCGAUUUUCGAACAUGAAAGAUAUCAAGUUUGAGACUCUUCUAGAGAGCUUUUCACAUUACUAUUGUGGAAGCGGUUCCAUCUAUGUUGAAGGCCUUGAGUUUCGAGUCAGCCACGAUGUGAAACAUGAAAAUUUUGAAACAACAGAGGGUGUUCAACAAUCCCUGAAAUCAAACUUAAACAAGGAUCAGGUACAACAACCUCCAAGCAACUCCGAUGAGAUGCUUAACAGAGCUGAAGAUGAUGGCGAGGCUGAAAAGUUUUUAUCGCUUAACAAAGUGAACAGAAAGAACCAUCUUAUGCUUUCAGCAAAGGAAGUUUUAUACGACUCUUCAAAUAUGAAGCUUUUUCAUUUGAAAGCCUCAUCCGACUCCAGAUUUCAAGAAGUGGUUGAGCUUCAACCGCAACAAGUAUUCCGUAUCAAAUGCAAGAUUAAAACUCAUAUGUUGUCACGAGAUACAAACUAUUGCUGUUACCUUUUGUUCAAGCUUUCGGAAAAAUGUAACGGAUUGCAUUGUCCAGUGAAAGUAAGAAAUCUACUCCACAGAAAAAACAAAGAGGUUAAGAAUGUUUAUUUUAGAUUCCCAAGCCCAUGGAAUUUGCAUGAUGUCGAUUGUGUUCCAAAGCGAAGGGAAGAUGGAUGGAUGGAGGUUAACUUGUGGAACUUUAGCUCAAUGGAUGAACUUAAAAAUGAUUGUAUUCCUGUUAAUAUGAAAUUGAUAUGUUAUGAAGGAACUAUGUCACAUCUUAUUGUAUGUGGCCUUGAGUUUAGGCCAAUGUAAGAAUAUUUAUGUGAUAAAUUCUCUUGAUUUGCAAUUGUCAAUCCCAUAGAUUAAUCGUCAA